AUGUUGGAGGCCAAACCCAAUAGUCUUAUUGGGCAAAUUAUGAAGGCCAAGUAUUUUCCGAAUACCAAUAUCCUUGAUGCAACAUUGGAUGCCACAGUAAGCACUUUAAUUGAUGAUGAUACGAGAUGGUGGAAAUCCCAUCUUCUUGAAACUUUGUUCCAUAUUGAGGACAUUCAGAUGAUCAAGACUAUGCCCCUGAGUUGUACCAACCAAGAAGAUAUACAAAUAUGGAGUGGUACGAAGAAUGGAAUCUUCUUUGUGAGAAGCGCUUACCAUUUACAACAAGAAUUGUUGCUCUCUCAAGCAACUGGGAGCUCUCAUAGGAAUGAUAGGUCAGCAGUUUGGAAGGAACUGUGGGCAUUGCAAGUGCCAAAUGCGAAAAAAAAAUUUAUGUGGAGGGCUUGCCACGACAUCCUCCCUACACGUGCCAACCUUUACAAACGGAACAUUGUUAAUGAUCCCAAGUGUCCAAUUUGUGGGCGAGAGGUGGAGACGGGGUUUCACAUUCUAUGGCAAUGUCCAUCUGCCAUGGACGUUUGGAGCAUGGGCAAUAAAAAACUCCAGAAGAGGAAUUUCAUAGGCCCUUAUUUCGUUCAGGUGGUUGAGGGUGUUUUAGCUCAGUGUUCUCCUGAUGAGGUGCAAAUGUUUGUUGGGCUGGCCAGGAGGAUUUGGUUGAGGAGAAACGAAAUAGUGCAUGGGGGUUUUCUAACCCAUCUGUCCGUAUUGCUGCAACUGACCACAAAUGCUAUUGCUAAGUUCAAUAAGGCUACUGUAACGAACGGAACACCCACCGUCGUUUUAGCUGAGCAGCCAGCUCGCUGGAUGGCACCAUAG